CUCGCCUUAGGUCUCGUCAUCACUUCCGGAUUAAUUUCCACAACAUGGGGAGUGCGCGGCUGUUCUCUGUCACGGCGUGGCUCGUGCCACUAGCAGCGGGUCUCCUCCUGGUCUCCAUGGCGACCGGGCUGGAGGUGACCCCCCACCCUGUCGGCUCCAUCCCCGCUCCGGGCACCAACUCCACCAACUCCUCCGCCGUGCCGCCGCCCCACCGCAGGCCGCCACCGCCGCGCGGGCUGAACGUGGACAAUAUGGUGGUGCAGCGCGCGCUGUACGUCCUGAUCGGCUUCACCAUGCUGGGGGUCUUCUACCUGCUUGUGCGCGCGGUGCGGACAAAGCGUCCGCUCCAGAAGAAGUAUGGUCUGCUGCAGAACGCGGAGGACGGUGUGGAGCUCGACGCCCUGGAGAGUGACGAGGACGACACGUUGUACGAGGCCCGCAGCCUCCGGAGGUGAGCAGGAGGAGGAGGAGCAGGAGGAGGAGGAGGAGGAGGAGGAGGAGGAGGAGGAGCACCGAUGUGUAAAGCCAAAGCUGCCGGCCUUCUGCUGGAGAAGUCUAUUUUUUUAGCCCCGCUGUAAUUAGGACGAUCUUCUGGAGUUUCCAUGACAACAGAAGAGAUGAGGAGCCAUGCACAGAAGGGUUUCAGACGGAACAUUCCUUAACUUCAGACGUCAAAGUGGAACGCUUCUUCAGGUCUCCAUCCUAAUGUUUUACUGACUACGCAAGUAGUUAUGUGACCAGUUAAAUUAGUUAACUACAAACAUGGCAGUACGCACUUCUGUCCACAGACGGCGUGUCUGAGUUAGUUCAGGGUUUCUGAGUUAGUUCAGGGUUUCUGAGUUAGUUCAGGGUGUCUGAGUUAGUUCAGGGUGUCUGAGUUAGUUCAGGGUGUCUGAGUUAGUUCAGGGUGUCUGAGUUAGUUCAGGGUGUCUGAGUUAGUUCAGGGUGUCUGAGUUAGUUCAGGGUGUCUGAGUUAGUUCAGGGUGUCUGAGUUAGUUCAGGGUGUCUGAGUUAGUUCAGGGUUUCUGAGUUAGUUCAGGGUGUCUGAGUUAGUUCAGGGUGUCUGAGUUAGUUCAGGGUGUCUGAGUUAGUUCAGGGUGUCUGAGUUAGUUCAGGGUGUCUGAGUUAGUUCAGGGUGUCUGAGUUAGUUCAGGGUGCUUGAGUUAGUUCAGGGUGCUUGAGUUAGUUCAGGGUGCUUGAGUUAGUUCAGGGUGUCUGAGUUAGUUCAGGGUGUCUGAGUUAGUUCAGGGUGUCUGAGUUAGUUCAGGGUGUCUGAGUUAGUUCAGGGUGUCUGAGUUAGUUCAGGGUGUCUGAGUUAGUUCAGGGUGUCUGAGUUAGUUCAGGGUGUCUGAGUUAGUUCAGGGUGUCUGAGUCUGUUGACGCUGUCGGUCUGAAGCCACUCGACGUCGGUCUUUAAACGUUGAAUGAGCCUCGUCUGUAGUUCCGUUGCCGGCCACCAGAGGACGAUCUUAUCGGGACUAUUUUGAAAUGUUGGACUCUGGUAUAGCUUGGUGUUCAUCUCAACACUUCUCUCCAGUUGCGGAGAUGAGACUUAAUUUAUUUAUUUAAUCCUGAAUGGUGAAUGGGAAUAUGAGUGUCUGUCUGAGAUGCACCACGCCACCUAUCGCUAAAUAUCGACAAUAAUCAGCUUUUUACAAAGAUGUAUUUUUUUAUUAAACUCUUUGUAUUCGUUUUAUAGCGAAAAUAUCGAAUCACAAUCUAAGACGUGUAGAAUAUAAACAGUGUCUGAGGAUCAGAGUGUUGCUAUACAGAAAAUCAACCAGACUUUAUUUAACUUCAGUGGAUUUCUAUCUUGAUUCGGUUUCUAUUUUUCUUCUGGUUUGUAUGAUUUGUCCUGCUGUACUUCAUAAGCCAUUCCUGUAUUGGACACAAUCUUUAAAUGUGUUUAACGGUGUGAACGUGGUUUCUAUUUCUCCAACCACAUGUUUUUACAUCAUGUUUACGUGUACUUAAGUACUUUUGUUUUCACUUAAGCAGAGUUGUACAACCCCGUCCUGAUCUCAGAAUGAUUUGAUCAGGAUCUCAGCACGAGGACGGUUAUGUUGGAGCUGGUUUUGUUGCAAAUGGCCUUUUUAAAAUGCAUUAAAUUUGCAGUACUUUA